AUGGCCAUUGCACCAAAAGAGGCAGAAAAUGCUAUUGGCUUGGAGGAAAUCCACAGGGAGAAGCAAGAACCCUCAAAAGGGCCGAAGACUUUUACAGUAGAAGAAGCUGUGGAAACCAUUGGGUUCGGGAGGUUCCACAUCGUGCUUUUCCUGAUCAUGGGCAGCACUGGGGUGGCUGAAGCCAUGGAAAUCAUGCUAAUAGCUGUUGUGUCCCCUCUCAUCCGAUGUGAGUGGCAGCUUCAAGACUGGCAGGUGGCUUUGGUGACAACGAUGGUGUUUUUUGGCUACAUGGUCUUCAGCAUAGUGCUCGGGCUCCUGGCUGACAGGUAUGGCCGCUGGAAGAUUCUGCUGCUCUCGUUCCUUUGGGCAGCCUAUUUCUCCCUGCUGACCUCGUUUGCCCCAUCCUACAUCUGGUUCGUGUUCCUGCGGGCCAUGGUAGGAGGUGGCGUGUCGGGCCACGCGCAAGGGCUUAUCAUAAAAACGGAAUUUUUGCCUACCAAAUACCGAGGAUACAUGUUGCCCUUAUCUCAGGUGUUUUGGUUGGCAGGAUCCUUGUUAAUCAUUGGCCUGGCAUCAGUGGUGAACCCAACCAUUGGCUGGAGGUGGCUGAUCAGAAUCGCCUCCAUCCCUGGCAUCCUUCUCAUCCUGGUGUUCAAGUUCAUCCCGGAGUCUGCACGGUACAACAUCUCCACAGGAAACGUGGCGGCUGCCAUGGCCACGCUGAGGAGGAUAGCCAAGAUGAACGGGGCAGCGAUGCCCGAGGGGGUGCUGAGGGAGCCCACCAAGGAAAGAAGAGGAAGAUUCAAGGACCUCAUGCACCCCAAGUACCUCAGAACCACUUUGCAAAUAUGGAUCAUAUGGCUCGGCAUAGCUUUCGCUUAUUACGGCGUCAUCUUGGCCAGCGCUGAGUUGCUGGAGCGGGACCUCGUCUGUGGCUCUGCGGCACCACCCAUGCAGGACCCUGAUGAUGACUCCAAGGAGAACCACAGCCCCUGCCACUGCCGCUUGUUCGGACCCGCUGCCUACCACACCAUGAUCAUCAGCACCGUCGGAGAGAUCGCACUAAAUCCUCUGAACAUUCUCGGCAUCAAUUUCCUCGGGAGACGGCUGAGCCUGUGUAUCACCAUGGGAUGUACGGCGCUAUUCUUUCUGCUCCUUAAUGUCUGCACAUCAAGCACAGGCAUGACUGGGUUCCUCUUCAUGCUCCGUGCCUUGGUUUCAGCGAACUUCAACACCAUCUACAUUUACACAGCAGAGGUUUAUCCCACCACGAUGCGAGCCCUGGGGAUGGGAACCAGUGGGUCCUUGUGCCGUGUCGGAGCUAUGGUGGCCCCAUUUAUAUCACAAGUUCUUAUGAGCGCUUCCUUCAUUGGGGCCCUGUGUCUUUUUGCAUCUGUGUGCAUCGUGUGUGCAAUCUCAGCCUUCACACUGCCCAUCGAGACCAAGGGCAGGGCUCUGCAGGUUAGUAUUGCCAGACCUCCUAUGUAUCUACAUGCUAUUGAGAGACCAGUAGAUGAUUCAGGCAGAAAUCAAACCAAAUUCUUCUGAGAUCGUAAGGCGAAAUAAGGCCUGAGGCAAGCAGCUUCAAGCACUGUCACCCCAGCUGCCUAAAGCUCGUUUCUCAUAAAGGAAAAUGCCAGAAGUGCUGUAGGGAGAGAGGACAGCAGAUGACAAGUAACACCUUAAACGACUAAAGUCUUCAUCAAAUUCAAUUCAAACGCCCCAACAGCAUUAGUGCGCUAGCUAAGCAGUUGUGGCUAGUGCUUCCUAAAAAGCAAUUAGCCAAAACGUUAAGGGAGGGAGGUUUAAAUUCAGGCAGCCUCCCAUGCAGAAGUCGCACUAGUUUAAUUACAGGCAGUGGUGAGCAGUUCUGGCAGCUGUUGAUUCAGUUAUACCAGCAUGGAAAUUCUCAUCACGGCAUGCUUGCUGCUGCCACAUCACACUGCCUGUUAUUCUGCAGUCUUACCUGCGUAAACCAAAAGCCCAUGGACUAAAUAAUCCACAUUCUUCAGCAGCCUAGAGCAAGACAGAUGUUUGAUCAAAAUGUUUUAUGUGAGCUUCAGAACCAGACUUUAAAAAAACCCCAUAUAUACAAACGCACACAUAUGAUAUAUAUACACACACUUAACUUCAUUGGGUCACAUUUUCUAAGGUUUCCCCAAGGUGUACAGGACAGUUAAUCUUAGGGUUUUCAGUAAAGCAACGUAUGAAGCGUUGCCUGCUUCUUGAAAUGCUUGUCUUUUAGAAAUGCUUGUCUUUUAUGUAAUUAAAAAUAUCUAUAUGAUAUUUCACAAAAGACUGUGGAAAAAAUAAUCAAAAUGUAAGUAAGUAAGAGGUCAAAGCAACUUAUUCUUCCCUUGGGGUGAAAUUCAACCCCAUGCACAAAGGCCAGAGAGCCAUUUAGGCCUUCAAAUGGUUGGAUUUACAAUAAUUACUAAGCAAAACAUUUCAUUAAAACUGCUUUAGACAUAAAAGGAAAGCUUUGAUUCAGCUACAGUUGGAUUAACUUUGGCUAGCAGCGGUCAAGAUAAAUGGGAGCGUAAUGAUUCCUUAAUAGUAUUCCCCUUUUUCCUGGGGACUUAACUCAAUAGCAUUAUUAUCCUUA